GAAAUAACACGAAGAAGAAAAGACGUCCUGCUUCCGGUUCUGACAGAACUAGCUACUAGUUAGUUAGCAGCUGACUGGACGGCUAACAGCGGAGGAGAUGGACGACGUGCAGCAGCUGCUGCUGAUGAAACAAGAAGUUCCCUCUGAGCAGCAGCAGUGCCGCUCCGGUGUGGACCAGGAGGAGGCGCCAGAGUGCCCCCACAUCAAAGAGGAAGAGGAGGAAGUGAGCAUCAAACACGAGGAGGAGGCGGAGAUCAUCGCUGUGACUGUGAAGAGUGAAGAAGAUGAAGAGAAACCCGAGUCCUCACAGCUUCAUCAUCACAGUCUCACUGAGGACAACGCAGACCACUGUGGACCACCAGAACCAGAACCAGCCAGCAACUCAGGUCCACAUGGUCCUGAGCACCAGACUGAAGACUCUUCUGAGACUGAGGACAGUGACGAUGACGGGAAGGAGACGAGUGAAGCUUCAGGUUUAAAAGCAGUGACAGGAAACAGCGGAGAGAACGUGUUCAGCUGCUCUGAGUGCGGGAAAGGAUUCAGCAACAAGAAGAACCUGAGGAAACACGAGAAGAUUCACACGGGAGAGAAACUGUGCAUCUGUUCAGAAUGUGGUUUAAGAUUCAUCUACGAGUCCAGUCUGAAGAGACACGUGAGGAUCCACACGGGAGAGAAGCCGUACCGCUGCUCCGAGUGCGGCCAAGGCUUCGUGUACAAAUAUAAUCUGCUGUCGCACAUGUCGUCACAUUCAGGAGAGAAACCGUUCACCUGCUGCGAGUGUGGGAAAGGAUUCAUGCAGAAGGUCGAUCUGACUUCACACGAGAAGAGCCACUUAGGAGAGAAACCGUUCUGCUGCUCCGAGUGCGGGAAGUGUUUUGUCAGGAAGAGACAUCUGAGGUCACAUGAGAAGAUCCACACGGGAGAGAGGCCGUUCACCUGCUCCGAGUGUGGGAAAGGAUUCACGGUGAAGGGAGAUCUGAGGUCACACGAGAGGAGUCAUCUGGGAGAGAAACCGUUCAGCUGCUCCGACUGUGGCAAGAAGUUCAUCAGGAAGAGUAACCUGAGGGCGCAUGAGAAGAUCCACACCGGGGAGAAACUCUUCAGCUGCUCCGACUGUGGCAGGAAGUUCAACGAGAAGAGUAAUCUGAGGAAACACGAGAAAAUCCACACGGGCGAGAAACCGUACACCUGCUACGAGUGCGGGAAGAGUUUCAACGAGAAGAGUAAUCUGAGAAAACAUGAGAGGAUUCACACGGGAGAGAAACCCUUCUGCUGCUCUGUGUGUGGGAAAGGAUUCAUCCAGAAGGGAAACCUGAGAUCACACGAGAAGAUCCACACGGGACUGAAACUGUUCAGCUGCUCCGAGUGCAGCAAGAAGUUCACCGAGAAGAGGAAACUGAGAGCUCACGAGAAAACUCACUCUGGAGAGAAACCGUUCAGCUGCAGCAUCUGUGGCAAGAGAUUCACCGAGAAGAGAAGCCAGAUACGACACAUGUCUGUCCACGCUAAAGACUCCUACUGGACUGUCACUGUCUAAUCCACCAGAUUAACCCACAGUUAAUCCAGAUACGACACAUGUCUGUCCACGCUAAAGACUCCUACUGGACUGUCACUGUCUAAUCCACCAGAUUAACCCACAGUUAAUCCAGAUACGACACAUGUCUGUCCACGCUAAAGACUCCUACUGGACUGUCACUGUCUAAUCCACCAGAUUAACCCACAGUUAAUCCAGAUACGACACGUGUCUGUCCACGCUAAAGACUCCUACUGGACUGUCACUGUCUAAUCCACCAGAUUAACCCACAGUUAAUCCAGAUACGACACGUGUCUGUCCACGCUAAAGACUCCUACUGGACUGUCACUGUCUAAUCCACCAGAUUAACCCACAGUUAAUCCAGAUACGACACGUGUCUGUCCACGCUAAAGACUCCUACUGGACUGUCACUGUCUAAUCCACCAGAUUAACCCACAGUUAAUCCAGAUACGACACGUGUCUGUCCACGCUAAAGACUCCUACUGGACUGUCACUGUCUAAUCCACCAGAUUAACCCACAGUUAAUCCAGAUACGACACGUGUCUGUCCACGCUGAAGACUCCUACUGGACUGUCACUGUCUAAUCCACCAGAUUAACCCACAGUUAAUCCAGAUACGACACGUGUCUGUCCACGCUGAAGACUCCUACUGGACUGUCACUGUCUAAUCCACCAGAUUAACCCACAGUUAAUCCAGAUACGACACGUGUCUGUCCACGCUAAAGACUCCUACUGGACUGUCACUGUCUAAUCCACCAGAUUAACCCACAGUUAAUCCAGAUACGACACGUGUCUGUCCACGCUAAAGACUCCUACUGGACUGUCACUGUCUAAUCCACCAGAUUAACCCACAGUUAAUCCAGAUACGACACGUGUCUGUCCACGCUAAAGACUCCUACUGGACUGUCACUGUCUAAUCCGCCAGAUUAACCCACAGUUAAUCCAGAUACGACACGUGUCUGUCCACGCUAAAGACUCCUACUGGACUGUCACUGUCUAAUCCGCCAGAUUAACCCACAGUUAAUCCAGAUACGACACGUGUCUGUCCACGCUAAAGACUCCUACUGGACUGUCACUGUCUAAUCCGCCAGAUUAACCCACAGUUAAUCCAGAUACGACACGUGUCUGUCCACGCUAAAGACUCCGACUGGACUGUCACUGUCUAAUCCGCCAGAUUAACCCACAGUUAAUCCAGAUACGACACGUGUCUGUCCACGCUAAAGACUCCUACUGGACUGUCACUGUCUAAUCCACCAGAUUAACCUACAGUUAAUCCAGAUACGACACGUGUCUGUCCACGCUAAAGACUCCUACUGGACUGUCACUGUCUAAUCCACCAGAUUAACCUACAGUUAAUCCAGAUACGACACAUGUCUGUCCACGCUAAAGACUCCUACUGGACUGUCACUGUCUAAUCCACCAGAUUAACCUACAGUUAAUCCAGAUACGACACGUGUCUGUCCAUGCUACAUGAUCGAGCAUUUGUCACAUGAUCGAGCGUUUGUCACAUGACAAUAAUGA